AUGGAGACUGCCGAUAAUGAUCAGGAGCGCAAGGCUCGGGAACGCUUGAGAAGAGAGAACGAGGAUAGGAAUGGGCCAGGCAAACGACCUUAUCGAAUUGACCGCUGGAGGAUCGGUACCGACGCAAACAGUGAAGAAGAACCCAAGACUUCUUCAACCCAGAAUAUGGCGCGGCCCAGAGAAGAAGAAGAGCCGCCAUCGCAGCAACUUAUCAUAGCAAGGCAAUCUAGCUCCAACUCGGGCGUAGUCAUCUCUGUUGACCAUCGCCUUCUUCACCUCAUCAGCUUCAAUGUUUGCCGAGGCAUGAUGACCAACAAGAAAAUGAUGAGGCUGUUUGCAGAGUUCAUCAUAGAAUUCGACUUCCCAACACUAGAACCUCAGUCAAAGACAUACUGCGGCAUCUCUAUCGUUCGACCUAUUGACCGAGAAUAUCUACCACUACCAACUCGCCUUGAGCCAACUCAGAUUCAGAUGACCUUGCCACAUCCUUGCUGGAUCGAUAUCUUCCCGUUUCCAGGGCUCAGAGAUAAUCUCAUUCGGAAGCAACUCACAUAUGAUCACAUACAAUUUCUGGAGGAUUUGGUCGGUGAUUUCGUGUACAUACACCCUCCGGCUGUUCCGUCACCCAGGUGCGUCACGCCGCCACCCAGCAAACUAGAAGGAGGAUAUCAACCAAAGGAAAAUGCUGGAAUGAUCUUAUGGGGCGAGCCGCAUCUCAGUGAGAGCUGGGAAGUUACUCCAAGCUUUCUGGCAAAAUGGUCAUGGUUAAUCGGAGAGUGCAAGGAUCUUGUUCAAGUUUCAAACAACUGGAGACGGAGUCGAGGGGAACAACCACUGCGACCAGUCCGUGUUUCUUGA